AUGGACGCAGUCAACGCGCACCGCGACAACGCCAUCAGCAACCCCUUGUCUCCGCUGGAGGUUCUCGCGCGGACACACGCCAUCCUGUGCACGGUGGGAUUUCUCAUCCUCUACCUCUCGGUGUCCUCCUCGCUCGAUACGUCCGCACCUUCACCGGCCGGCGAGUGUUUCUGUUUGCUGCCAGCUGCUCCGUCUGACAGGUUGAGAAAAGCUGGUUCUGGGGCCACGCCUCCUGCAGCUCGUCAUCUCGGGUCCCGUGAUCUUCGCUGGCUGGGCGGAGGGGCACAAGCUGCCAAGCAGCUUGGGUUCUUGACUGUGCAUGACCCGCACCAGAAGAUCGGUGUCGCUCUGCUUGCGCUCUAUGUGUUCCAGCUGCUCGUGGGGAUCGUCAUCCACUUCUUCAAGUGCGCGGGUCUCUUCAGAGGCCACCGCCCGCCGCAGAACUACAUCCACGUGCUGCUCGGCUUGACCAUCCUGGCACUGGCCGCCUAUCAAGCGCACUACGGCCUGUACACCGAGUGGAACUACGCCAUCGGGGAGAACCAUGAAGUGCCCGACUCUGCCAAACAUGCUUGGUGCUCUCGUCGUGGUCUCUGGGUGCUCUAUUUCCUGGGCAUGGCGCUCUUCCCCCGUCAGCUCAAGCGAAGGCGAAUUCAGAAGUAGAGCACGUGGGGAUUUGAGAGGCAAGGUGCAGGAUGAGGGACGGCAUCCGCUGAAGAAUGACGCCCGGCCCUUCGUACAGUAGAGUCAAGAGUGAGCCGUCCAGCCAAGAACUGUUUAGGGACUUCUCUUAAUUUUUUCUGUUCUG